AUGUCUGCGCCGCCGCUGCGCGUCCUCACGCUCAACGUGUGGGGCCUCUACCUCUUCUCCAAGCGCAAGAACGAGCGGCUGGCGGCCAUCAUUGCGCGCCUCGAGCGCGCCGCCGACGCCUACGACGUCGUCGCGCUGCAGGAGCUGUGGUGCGAGAGCAGCGACUGGCGCGAGCUGCGCGCACGCACGCGCGCGACGUGGCGCUGGGGCAAGUUCUUCUACAGCGGCGCAUUCGGCUCCGGCCUCGCCAUCCUCUCGCGGCACCCCAUCCUGCGCACGCGCACCGAGCCGUACCUGCUCUGCGGCCUGCCCAUCCACGUGCAUCACGGCGACUGGAUCGUCGCAAAGGCGGCCGGAUGUGCGACGAUUGCGCUGCCGCAGGGCGACGAGGUCGACGUCUGGGUCACACAUACUGUUGCUGCUGGCGGUGAGGACGGGCCCGAGUCAAACCGCGCGCACCGCGUCGCGCAGGCGUACGAGCUGGCGUGCCAUGUGCGCGACAGUGCCGAGCGAGGGCGGCAUGUGAUCUGCCUCGGCGACCUGAACUCGACGCCGCCGUCUCUGGCGCUGGCGCUGCUGCGCGACAUUGGCGGGCUCUCCGACUCCUUCCUCGACACUCACCCCUCGCUGCCGCCGCACGCCACGUCGCUGCCUGGCACCGCAAAUCCCGAGCGCUCCAUCGUCGAGCUGGGCGUCACGUGCGACUCGCCGCUCAACACCUGGACGGCCGGCAAGCCGCUUGACCCUCGUGCACGAGCUGGACUCGGAAAGCGCCUCGACUACAUCCUCUACCGCGGACCCGUGCGUGAGGGCAAGUUGCAGCUGCGGCCGCGCUCGUCGCGCGUGUCGUGGACCGAGGUGGACGAGAGUCUGGGCUGCUCCCUCUCCGAUCACUUUGGCGUCGAGACGACCUUUGAGCUCGUGCCUUCCGCCGCAGUGACUGCACACAGCACACACGUGGCGCAGACGCUCACGUCGGCGCUGGCGGCACUCGGCGGCGCGCUCCUCGACAGCCGGCGCACGCAGACGACGCACGGCGUGGGCUUUCUCGGCGCCCUGGCCGGUGCGCUCUUUGCGCUCAUGAUCCUCACUGCCGGGCACGCGCCGGGCAUCCUGCGCUUCCUCCUCGCGCUCUUCAUCAUCGUCGCGGCAUGGGCGGGCACGACGCUCUUCUACUCGGCCGUCAUCUGGGGAGAGUGGGAGAAGCGUGAGUGUCCUAGGACAUCCCAUGCAGUGCUGCGCCUGAUGACUCUUCCUACAGGUGCGCUGCGCACGGUGCUUGAUGCCAUGGCCCUCGACCUGGAGCAGACGCGCGGCCGCAUUGCAGCGCCACGCCCGGCAGUGCUGGCCGAGUUGACGGAUGCGCAGCCCGCCGAGCAGCAGCCACAUGAAGACGAGGAGGGGCGGCCGAGCGUCGAAGAUACACACGAGCAGCAGCGACUCAUCUAA